AUGCAGGCCGCCACCGCCUGGGGCUGGCCGCCGAUGGUCCAGGCUCAGCAGCUCUGGCAGCCGAACUCCCAAGCGCCCGGCGACGGUGCCCACCACGGCUUCGUCCAGCAGCUGCCGUCGCAGCUCUGCGUGCCGCAGGCGGCCCAGCCGCUGCCCCACCAGGACCAGUGCGUGGCCGGCUUCCAGCAGCUCCCCGCCGCGGGGCCGGUGCUGGCGCCCGCGCGGGCGCCCUUGGCGUGGGCCGGCGCCCCACUGCAGGCCGUGCCGCCGCCCGCGCAGCAGGGCCUCCAGCAGGCCCCGCAGCAGGCCACGGCAGAGGGCUGCCUCGCGGUGGACAUGCACGAGGUGCUGCGGGCCUUGGACAGCCUCUACAACGACGAACUGCGGCCCUACGGCCGCAUCCUCCGCAAGCGCCUGCAGGAGCGCGCGGCGGACGCGGGCAUCGGGCCAGUGAACGUGGACGCCAAGAGGCUACAGGUGGCCUGCCAGGGCUGUUCCGCGCUCAGCGUGAAGGCCGAGGAGGGCGGGGACUGGUCGGUCGUCGUGCGCGGGCGGCCGGACCGCUUCGUGAACGUCUACAGCGCCGAGGACUGCUACCCGCCGGAGCUGUGGGCGGCCGCGGACGCAUACUUCCGAGGCCUCGACGACAAGAGCAUGGUGUUGCCAGGCGAGUGUCCCCCUGGCGCCAGCGACGUCGGGGCGCAGCUGUUAUCCUUCGAGCUCCUGGUCAGGAUGACCUUCGGCACUUUGUUCAGUGGCUUUCUGAAGCUGCAGAAUAUUAUAAUCGUGCUGAAGGAGUUUCGGGGCUUGGUCUGUAGCACGUGCGACUCUAACUCUGUUGGAAUCUCGGACUACAGCGAUCACGCGUGCUCCCAUUUGCCGUUCACCCCGUGA